AUGGUGAAACGGUCGGAUUGCUCUGACCGUAUUGCUGUGACGAGGCAGCGGUCGCGUUGCUUGGGCCGGGAUGGGUCUGGACGGCCACGGUGUGAACUAGGCCAAGUUGCUGGACUGCGAAAUGCGUGGGGCUGCUCUGCCCCAGUGACACGGCCAAAGCAUGGAGUGGGCCGUACGCCAUUUCUGCUGGGCAGGUCGGUCCGGGAUUUACCCAUGUUGGCUGGGAUUGCACCCAGCUGUUUGUCGGCAACUGAGAAUGCUGGCCGCAGCCCGACGCUUAGGUGCAGCCAAAGACACCGAGGCUGCUGCUUUCGCCGUAGGGCUCAAACCUCUCGCGCUCUUAGCUUCUCUAUCCGGCUCUUGGAGGUGUUGCGGAUGACGUUACCGGCAUCCUCUCCUGAAAGAACAUCCGUAGCUUUGAGGAGAAUUUAUCCAUUGCGGCCAUAA